CAUUCUUAAAACAGUUACUAGCCAUACAACUUUAACACGUUCUUUAUAUAUCGAAAGUUAAAAGGGCAGAUUGAAAGUAUUCGUGUAUUAACUUUUGAAGAGGAUUGCUUUUAUAGAAAUUGUUUCACCGAAAUCAGCGGAUAUCAUUUGAACUGAAAUCAAAGUUUUCAAAACCAGUGGCGGACGAUACGAUAAUCACCAUGAUUUCUCCAGCUAUCGCAUCGUCAACAGACCUUCCCGUCGUAAACCAGAAGCCGUUUCACCGACCCGGGUUCCCGCCGGAGUACCCGACGAUACCGUCGCCGGAAGAACGCGGCCAGAGCUGUCCGACAUCGCCGUCAUCACCUUGCUCGACGGCGUCGGAUCACGAUUCGAGCCUCGAGAAGACGUCGCCGACGGACUCCGAUCACUCUGACAUGGAGAGGGACGCGCAGCAGUAUUACCGGAACCCCAACCACCUGGAGCAUGACCUGUCCGGUCUAGACAACGGCGUACGUCGCUACCGCACGGCGUUCUCAAAGGAGCAGAUCAACACGCUGGAGAGGGAGUUCAACAAGGAGAACUACGUGUCAAGGCCGAAGCGAUGCGAGCUCGCCAAACAGCUCAGCCUGCCCGAGAGCACCAUCAAGGUUUGGUUCCAAAACCGACGAAUGAAGGACAAACGCCAACGCAUGGCCGUCACAUGGCCUUACGGAAUCCCCCCGGAUCCCCAGAUCUACGCCUACCUCGCCGCUGCCGCUGCCUCUUACCCUUACGGGCUCCCCAACCCUGCGGCGCCCUACCCAUCACUUCCGCUGGCAGGCUUGUAUCAGACGUCCAACUCGUCGGCUUUCUCGCCUCUGACGCACUCCGCGCCGCUGAAGCCAAUGUUCGACACUCUACCAUCGUUUCCGGUUUCCAUUGGAGCCUCCUCCGCAUUGGACAGACUGACAACAUCGCUACCUCCGUCAUCAGAGGCCAGUCACAUGGACUCGCUUUCUCACCGGUUCAAGGCCGACUCUGCGACUUUAAGCGGCCUCCCGGCGAUGUCCUCGCUCAAGUCGUCGUGUCCGUGCGGUUUGCCAUCAUGCUCUCUUAGCAGCGGGCUGCAUCCGAGCUUCCCGACCUCACUACCGUCGUCCAUAUCGAGUAAUUUACAUCCGGGUCUUCACCAUCCGAUGACGUCACUGCCGGGGUACAUGCCUCACGGUUUAAAUCCUCUGUUUCAGAAAGGAGAACUGUCAAAGCAGUAGAAAAACAGUUUACUAGUAUCAGAAAUCAUAGACAUCAAUUUCUUGAUCUCAGAAACAUUUUUGAUAAUUAAUAUUCUGGUAUAUUUAUCAUAACUACUGCUAAAUUUCCUCAAAUGUACCGCUGAAAUAUUUCUUUGACAACUAUACGAGUAUGUACAUGUGCCAUGUAGCAAACAUGGUCUUGUGAUUUGAGAAAGUUGAUGUCCACAUUCCAAUGUAAAUAUUCAACUAGAUUGAUUAUGUGUAUUUCCAGUCUUUUAUAUGCACUGUAAUUAAAUUUACAAAUAUUUGCAGCAUGACACAAAUUUGUACAUACGUUGUUUUAUAUUUUAUAUAAAGAUAUAUUGUUUUAUAUGAUAUUGAGCCGCCGUGAAUAAACUUGUUAUGUAAUUUA